AUGAAGUUCACCAUUCCAGCUACUCUCGGCCUUAUGGUCUCUCUCUCCUCUGCUGCUGCUAUUACCAGCACUGUCACCCUCAGCUAUGACCCAAAAUACGACAAUGCCGGUCUCAGUCUCACCCAGGUAGCCUGCUCUGACGGCAUCAACGGCCUUAUCACCAAGGGCUUCACCACCGCCGGAUCUCUCCCCAACUUCCCCAACAUUGGUGGCUCCUUUGCCGUCGAGGGGUACAACAGUGCCAACUGCGGCAAGUGCUUCAAGGUCACUUGGCCUGUCCUCAACAAAUCGAUCUUCGUUACCUCCAUCGACAAGGCGACUGGCUUUAACAUCGCCAAGGCCGGCAUGGACGCCUUGACCAACAACCAAGCCGAACACCUCGGAAGAAUCGAUGUCACCUUCGAGGCGGCCAGCCCUGCCAGCUGUGGAUUUAAAUAG